ACGGACUACGAACGCGAAGUCUAAAUGGUAUUUGGAAUGGGAGUUGUAAAAAGAAUUUUAUUUUAGAAGUCAUAAUUACUACUGUAAUAAUAGUCUUAACAAAUCUCGAAACCGCGUGGACAUACAGGUUUAAUGAGAAUAUUGCUCAUCUAGAACCCAUCUUUUUCAUCAAAAUAUGACUGAGAAUCAAACAACUUCAUUUAGUAUUAUACAAAGGAUAUUUAGUAACUGGACUGCGCUGAGGAUGACGGUGGAACAUGGCAAUGGUUCCAUCGAUGCUGCACAUAGCUUCUGUGAGUACAUUGAUAAAACUUUAUCAAUGAACGAAAAGCUGCAUUAUACAGAUAUUUCUGAAGUGUUAGAGGAUGUUUUGGAUGAGGAUUUUAAUACAAGAGUUGAAGAUGAUAGUGAAAAGGAGGUUGCUCGUGAUAUUCUUCGAUUUCACAAUUAUAUCACAACAAAUGAUAUGGUGACAUUGACAAAUGAACUACAAAAGCUACCUCCUCUUCAGCCUUGGAUCAUUCCAAAGUUUAAAUUUCUUUGCACUGCCAAAUUGGAGGGUAACAGCAAUGGUAAUAAUGAGAAUAAAAAUAAUUUGGAUGGAAUAAUAGGUGAUAGUGAAGCUGUCAAGUCUAAUAGUGACAUGGAAGUUGAUAGCGAAGGAUGGUCUGUAAUACAAAGAAGAAAAAAGUAAUAGUUUCUAGUACUUUCAUUAGUUUUUUCAGUUUCAUACACCAUUUUGUAAAUAUGUAAUUAUUUAUACAACUAUGAGGUAAAAUUAUUAUUUUAUAGACGUAAGAUAAUGGAUGACGAUUAACGUUUAAUAUUAAACUUUACAGUAACAAUUAAAACUUGUUAUUUGAUGCAAUGUAAUAUUUAUAAAUUGUAAUGUAAAUGACGCUCUGAAAAUAGUAUAAAAAUACAAGAAAAAUAAUUGCUGCGAUUGAACAACAUUUUGGUUAGAAAGAGUAAAUAAAUAUGAUAGCUCGUUAACUUCAAGUCUAAAUAAAUUCAUUCGCAACAAGAUUCCGCAAUCCCACGUGCAUACGAUCCAAGUCUGUGCGCAUGCGCGGAAAUUCCAGCUGUUAUCGAAGCCGAAGAGCUGGCGCAAGGCCAUGCCUCCCACCUGCGAACGUACAAGGAGCCCGCGCUUCUAUCGGGAGAACACGUUGAGAAGAAGUGGUAUGAGCGGUUACCUCCAUCGCACACAUGUUCUCUUACCACGCAGACCACGUGUUCUGACGAGGCAUUGAUUUGCAAAUCUCGCGUGGCUUGAUUCGUGAUGUGCCUUUUCGCCGGUAUACUGUUUAUAUCGCGAUACCUCUUCCAGCAUUCUAUUUGCCGGAGACCAACGAGUUCAGUUUAGAAUGCACGUGGUCGCCUCGCGGUCAAAUAUCUCGACAGAUUCGCUCUGCUUACUUGGUUUGUUU